CUUGGUUUUAAGAAUUUUUAAUUAUUUAUCUGAUACCAAAAUGAAUUAAGAUGUCUCUACUUUGUGUUAAAGUCAAACAAGGGAAACUUGAUGGGGCCCCUGACAAAUUCAACACGUAUGUCUCAUUGAAAGUACAAAACGUUAAGAGCACAACAAUAUGUGUGAAAGGAUGUGAUCCACUUUGGGAGCAGGAUUACAUGUUCGAAAUCAGCAGGGUAGAUCUGGGACUUUCUAUUGAGAUCUGGAACAAAGGAGUUCUUUGGGACACUUUGCUGGGCACAGCCUGGUUACCACUUUCACACGUACCACACUGUAAUGAGGAAGGAGAUGGUGCGUGGUAUCAACUUUAUACCAAUGUGAAUUCUGACAAGGGAGUUGUGCCAGAUGUAAAGAAUGCUACUAACCACAAGGUCUUAUGUGACGUACGUUUUGAACUUCCGUGUGAACUUUCUGAAAACGAGGUGGUCAUGCUGCAGCAAAAACUUGACGAGUUCAAUGAAUAUCAAGAUGACACCUGGAUGGUGGAUCCGUUCUCCAGCACAUUGAAUAAGAGCAAUGCAACAAGUUCAAUUUCAAUCGACAGUGAUUACAGGAGUGAUGUGAGUGUUGUAGGUUCGUACCAAACAGUGCAGCACGCCAACGCCUCAUCUUCACAACAUAGAGAAGCAAGAGCUUUAAAGAAACCAAAAGCUGGAAGUUUGACAACGGAUGAAGCGGAUAGUUAUUCUCGUGAAUAUGGAUCGGAUACUGAAUCUUUUGACUCCCGAUGCCAGAGGUACGGAAGUGAGGAAGAUGCUGAAGCCGACCGACAAGUCGGACAAGAGGAUGUAGGUUUGGUGCUGAAACAUGAAAGUUAUGAAGACAGCCCACCCAAAAUACCUGAUGAUCUAGCCAAUUCUGCUGGUGAUAUGUCAUUUUCUUCUGCCAAGUUUAAAUGGAUUCAUGCAUUUAAUCGUGUAAGAAUAGGUUUAAAUGGAGAACGUGAAGAUCAGCUCGGUGAACUCCACUGUUCGAGGAAAGCAUCGUUGUGGAACAUUGGAGCUAACAGCAGUUUUUAUACAAGCAUUGACAGCAUGCCUGAUAUUCGACCAAGGAAAAAAUCAAUACCUUUGGUCAGUGAUCUAUCUAUUGCAAUGAUAAAAAGACAAACUGGAAUAACUUCUGCUCUUGUAACGUCACGGGCAUCUUUGAAUGAUGAAGAUUUAAAACUUCAUGUUUACAAGAAGACUUUACAGGCAUUGAUAUACCCUAUUUCUUGUACCACACCUCAUAAAUUUGCUAUCUGGUCUGCUUCCACACCCACAUAUUGCUAUGAGUGUGAAGGUUUAUUGUGGGGGAUUGCAAGACAAGGGUUAAGGUGCUCUGAGUGUGGGGUUAAGUGCCAUGAGAAAUGUAGAGAUCUGCUGAAUGCUGAUUGUCUUCAUCGUGCAGCAGAAAAGAGCUCCAAACACGGUGCUGAAGAUAAAACUCAACACAUAAUCACAUCAAUGAAAGAUCGAAUGAAAGUGAGAGAGAAUAGUUGUCCCCAACUCUUCCAGUUAAUGAAGUCUGUAUUUGAUGUGAACUACGACUCCCAUCAUAUUUUAAUGGAGUCGGCCAAGCAAUGUGUGUUGGAUGGAACCUCAAAAUGGUCAGCAAAGCUCAGUAUUACUGUAAUCAGUGCACAGGGCUUACAGGCAAAAGAUAAAACUGGCUCCAGUGAUCCUUAUGUCACUGUACAGGUUGGGAAGACAAGGAAAAGAACCAAAACAAUCUAUGGAGACCUUAACCCCCUGUGGAAUGAAAACUUUCACUUUGAGUGUCAUAAUUCAACGGACCGCAUUAAAGUUCGGGUUUGGGACGAAGAUGACGACAUUAAGUCAGUCCUGAAGCAACAGUUUAAGAGAGAAUCUGAUGAUUUCCUUGGUCAAACUAUUAUCGAGGUGAGAACUUUAUCUGGUGAGAUGGAUGUUUGGUAUAAUCUUGAAAAAAGAACAGACAAGUCAGCUGUGUCUGGAGCAAUUCGUCUGCACAUAAAUAUGGAAAUCAAGGGGGAAGAGAAAGUAGCGCCUUACCACCUGCAGUACACUUGUCUACAUGAGAACCUUUUCCAUUAUACUUGCAAACAGAAUAAUGACAUGGUUAAGAUUCCUAAAAUGGACGGAGAGGAAUCGUGGAAAGUUUAUUUUGAUGGACAGCAGCAGGAAAUUGUGGAUGAGUUUGCCAUGCGGUAUGGUGUGGAAUCAAUAUAUCAGGCCAUGACUCAUUUUUCAUGCCUGUCAUCUAAGUACAAAAGUUCCGGCGCCCCAGCUGUCAUGAGUGCAUUGCUGGCAAAUAUUAACGCUUACUAUGCGCACACCUCACCAACCACUCAUAUAUCAGCAAGCAACAGGUUCGCUGCAUCCAACUUUGGCACAGAGAGGUUUGUGAAGCUCCUUGACCAGCUGCACAACUCUCUACGUAUUGAUCUAUCAAUGUAUAGAAAGCAUUUCCCUGCUUCUAAGCCAGAAAAACUCAUUGACCUCAAAUCCACUGUCGAUCUGUUAACUAGCAUCACCUUUUUCCGGAUGAAAGUACAAGAACUACAGAGUCCGCCACGUGCAGGCCAAGUGGUAAAAGAUUGCUGCAAAGCAUGUAUUCGCUCAACAUAUGGUUAUGUCUUCAGCAAUUGUUCAGAGAUUUCUCAGACUGAUAAAACUGAGGAGGGUCCAGAGGAAGGAGGACCUCGGAUUGAUGACCUAGAUUUUUGGACUCAGCUUAUUACGUUGAUGGUGUCAGUCAUUGAGGAAGAUAAAAACAUCUAUACCAACUAUCUUAACCAAUUUCCCAGUGAGUUCAAUGUGGGGCAAGUGUGUGCAGGUGAAAUGUGGAAAAUGUUUUCAGAAGAUCUGGAGAAGGGGUUGCUAGAGCAUGCUCAACACAGGCUGUGUAAAACCACUGAUUACAUGAAUCUGCAGUUCAAAGUUAAAUGGCUGUAUAAGGAGUAUGUGGCCCCACUUGAUAUGUUCCAAGAUGCCGUGCCGGAGUAUUCACAAUGGUUUGAACCUUUUACCAUGGACUGGCUUGAUGUGAAUGAGAAAUUGUCGAUGGAUUUUCUCAGUGGAGCAUAUGAACGUGAUCGACGUGACAGCUUCCAGCAAAGUUCUGAACAUGCAUUGUUCUCGUGUUCUGUUGUUGACAUCUUCACUCAACUUAACCAGAGUUACGAUAUUAUAAAGAAACUGGAGUGUCCUGAUCCCCAGGUCGUAAAUCAAUUCAUGACUAAAUUUGCGAAAACCAUUGAGAAGGUACUUGACACAUACGCUGAAAUGGUGUCAAAAGAUUUCCCAAAACUUUGUGCAAAAGAGGACACUGCAUGUGUGCUUAUGAACAACAUACAGCAGCUGAGGGUGUUGCUGGAAAAUCUGUUUAGAAACAUGGGAGGUGAACAACUUGAUUCUGUCACAAGCGACAUUUUAAAAAGUUUGCAAGUUAAACUCAACGUUCGCCUUGGAGAACUCAGUGAAAUAUUUGGCCAAAGUUUUACACAGAGGAUUGACAACAGCAUUAAAGCAAUGGGAAACUUGCUGUGUAAGAUAAAAGGCAAUGCCAAUAUUAGCAUUCAACAAAGAUCAAGUGAUAACAUUGCACACGAGGCUGAUAACGUAUUGCGGCCACUGAUGGAUCUUUUGAAUGGAAGCUUGGAGAUGUUUGCCAAGACCUGUGAAAAAACAGUUCUGAAACAUGUUCUGAAAGAGCUGUGGAAGCUGGUUGUUAAGAGUCUAGAAACUUCUAUUGUUCUCCCGCCAUUGAAUGAUAUUACCGGUUCCCAACUUCUACGCAAUGCAGCGAAGGAAAUAUCUCAGUUCUCCAAAUUCAGGGACCUUGCACGGGAAGACGUCAGCAGAAACUUGUCUCCCCGACAAUGUUACAUUUUGGACGCCUCACUCGACUCCAUCAAGCAAUACUUUCAUGCUGGUGGAAAAGGGUUGCGUAAAAAUUACCUGGAGAAGAGUGAAGAGUUACAAUCAUUGAAGUAUGCACUGUCACUGUAUACACAAACUACGGACUCUUUGAUCAAAACAUUCAUUGAAACACAAACUACACAGGAUGAACCAAGCGUAGAAAGCCCACAAGGAGAAGUUUCGAUCCAAGUAGACAUAUACACACAUCCAGGCACUGGGGAAAACAAACUUACAAUUAAGGUUGUGGCCGCAAGCAACCUAAAAUGGAACACAACAGGAAUGUUCCGGCCAUUUGUAGAUGUUAACCUUGUAGGACCUCAUCUAAGCAACGUUCGACGAAGGUAUUCAACAAAAAGUCGAAGCAAUGCGUGGUCACCAAAGUACAAUGAAUCUUUCAGUUACUCGAUCGGUAACGUGGAAAAAAUCUCCGCUUACGAGCUUCACUUAUGUGUAAAAGAUUAUUGCUUUGCACGAGACGACCGUGUUAUUGGAGUUGCAGUGAUGCAGCUUCGUAACAUAUCUCAACAAGGUUCAUGCGCCUGUUGGUGCUCACUCGGUAAAAACAUUCACCUGAACCAGACGGGCUGGACAGUUUUACGAAUACUGUCUCAGCGUGCUGGUGAUGAAAUUGCUAAAGAAUUUGUUCAGCUUAAGUCCAGCACACGCUCGCUGGAAGAAGCUUAAUCUAAUUGAACUACCUAAUUCUGUGCCAUGAUAUGCCUUCUCCAUAUUGUCGCAAUCGCACAUCACAAUUAUGUAAUUUAAUGUUAAAAUUCAGUGAACUAAUUAUUUUCUUACACUUUAUUAAUGUUGCAAUCCUGUAUGCAGGUGUAUUAAUUUUAAAGUGUUUUUGGGUUAAAACAGUAUCUUUAUACACAUGGUGUUUUUGUUUUUCAUGUGAAUAGGUUCCGUUAUCAAGUUUCCUAUUGUAAGUUGUAUCAUGUAGUUUUAUUUUAGCAGUGUUGUUGUGAUUAUGGAUAAACAAUAUUUAAAUCUCUACCCUUCCGUUUUGUUCAGUCAUAGUUAUAUUUGGUUCAGUAUACACAUUCCAACCAUGGGAAUAAACAGUUGUUUACAUGUGUUUUUAUCUAUUUAUUACUCCUGCUUUAAUAAUUGGUGUAAAUUACUUGUUAACCUUAAUCCGAAUAUUUCUGUACCGUACUUUGUUUUAUGUUUCCUUCAUUUUCUGAGCAGUUUUGUUUUUGUCGAUGUAGUUUUGCUGCAAUUUUAGUAUUUUAAGCAGCAGGUAUUUAAAGCUUGUAAAUUUCUCUAUCGAAUUUUGAUCACAAAGUAUUUUUAUACAGUAUCAAUUUGUUGCUGAGUUAUCUCUGCUGUAAAACUUCAUUUGAUAAAAAGUGUCAUGGCAGUAACAUUUUGCAUGUCAAAUAUUUUAUGCUAGUUGUGCAGUUCUAUAAGUUUAUUAUAUGAAUAUUGUGGAUGAUAAAUUACAUGGUGAUCAUAUUAGCAUUUCAUAUGAAUGUAAACCUUAUACUUUUUCUUCUGAAAUCAAUCUUCGUUGUGCAAAUAUCCUCCUUGAAUAGCAAGCACCUGCUGUUUCAUUAAUCUUUUACUUUUCAAAAUAAGAUAUUUCCAUUAAAUAUUGUUUUUAAUACCACUUCUCUCUAUCGUUUGCAAUAACAUAUAGUGCAAAUAUCUUUCAAUGUAUUUGUGCAUUUAUUACGAUCUCACUCUUUGGCACACGAACAACUCGUUAUAUGUAAAACAAGUAUUCUCUCUUAAUUUUAAUUUGUUUAACAUUUAUUUCCUAUAACACAUUCUAUGCCUUUUAACGCAUUUUAUUCACUGUUGCAUUUUUUGCUUGCUUUUUAAGAACCAGAUAAGCAACAACAACAAUUACGUCCUUGUCUUUUUUGCAUGCACACUGUAUUACUUUUAUCAAUAUUUUCGGUUCAAAAAGAUUCCUAAACUAUUAUGCUUCAAUAUGAAAACAGAAUCAUUUUAUGUUUAAUACGUCCUGUGAAUUUAUUAUUA